AUGAAAUUCGGCAAGACAGAACAUAAUGCUUUUGAACAAUCCAAUGCCAUACUUAGAAACGAUUUGAAAGUAAACAACACUCUCACUAAACUUUAUCUUCGAAACAACAGAAUAUUCGAUAAAGGAGGUGAAGCACUUGCAGAAGCACUGAAAGUAAACAGCACUCUCACUAAACUUGCUCUUGGAGGCAACAAAAUAUCCGAGAAAGGAGGUGAAGCACUAGCAGAAGCACUGAAAAUAAACAAUACUCUCACUCAACUUUAUCUUGAAUGCAACAAAAUAUUCGAUAGAGGAGGUGAAGCACUUGCAGAAGCACUGAAAGUAAACAACACUCUCACUCAACUUGGUCUGAUGUAUAACCAAAUAUCUGACAGAGCAGGUGCAGCACUAGCAGAAGCACUGAAAGUAAACAACACUCUCACUAAACUUGAUCUUGGAGGUAACAAAAUAUCCGAGAAAGGAGGUGAGGCACUAGCAGAAUCACUGAAAUUCAAAAAGCACAAGUUAAAAAUGGGAUGUGGUACAAGUAAUCCAACAGCUGUUCAAAACCCGUCAAAAGUACCCGUUUCAUCUGUACAAAACAAUCAAAAAACCAAUGAACAGACAUUAAUAGCAAGCAAUAAUCUCAACAAAAAAUCUGUUUUACCGUCGAUAGAACAACGUCAAACGAAAACAACUUCAGCUGGAUCAAACCAUAGCUCAGAUUCAGGAUACUCGGAUGAUAAUAUAGCAACAGCUCAAAACAACUCUUCGAAUGGCACUUCGCUAGUAAGAAAUGGAUAUGACACAAAAAACAGUCGAGUCCCAGUUAAAACAGAUACAAGCAGCAAUGUGAACGAUCUUCUCGUUCAACACCAUCAGAAAUCGCGACUGGGUCUCGGUGAAACGUUUGAAAUCACUGCAACACCAACGGAUAAAAAAUUUGGUACUUUGGCACCACUCAAAUUUAUUCCACGUUUUCUAUUAGACAAUGAAAAAGUAAAACCAGAAUCAUUAUCCAAAGAUGAAUUACAAGCAAAACUAGAAGAGAAACAAGAACGAGCAUCUAGAAAACGAAGGGAAUUAGAGAAUGCUCGUCGUCAGGCGUCAUCACGAAUGGGACAGAGAAUGCAACAGCAGCAAUCAAACGCAAAUGAAGCACAAAACUCUACUGACGAUGAUCGACAUCAACGAUUAACGCUGCUACGCGAUAAAUUAUGUCAAAAUGGAACCAACGCUUCAGGAUUACAUUCACCUCGAACACCACGACCAGAUUCUAUGAAUAGCGGCAUUUCUGAUAUUUCACAAUUGACACCGAGACGAGCAGGAUUUUUGAUGGGUAGUACCAGUGCUACACAUUUUAAACCCUUUAAUCUAUUGAUUUACUCUGAUUUGAGUAAAGCAUGUCAAUAUAUUCCAAUGAGUCAUUUUAUCAAACAAAUCAAUCCACAACUAUUUGAACUUGUUAAUAAUAUCACAGGCAUCACAUUUUUAAGUGAUCAAGAAGAAGAUGAAACGGAUAAAAUUAUAAAUAGUCUGAAUGACAAGUCAAAACAGCUUGAAACUGCAGAUGAUGAGAAGAGUUCCAACAAUGAGGGUUUAAUUGUAGAUAUUGAAAAUCAUAUAGAAGAUCGUAAAACUCAUGUAGCUGAUUUAGUACGAUUAUGUGAUACAACACCAGUUUCUAUACAAGAAUGUAUGAAAAAAUUUUGCCUUAUAUCUAAUCAAUUACGUUUUGCAUGGCAAUUUUUAAAUAAAACAGAAUAUUCAUGUCAAACAAUAAAAUCUUUUGCUUAUGCAUUACAAAAACAAUUGCAACUAAUACGAUUUCAACUAGCAAAUAUUGAAAGAGAAACUUUUGAACAGAGUCGAAUCUAUACUACAUUAUCAUUUUAUCAAGAAUUAGAAACACUUGCUAUUACAUCUAAAGCACAUCUAAUUGAUAGAAUAUUCAAUGAAUCAUCUUUGUUAAAUAAUAAAAGUUUAUCUCAUCGUGAUCAAGCAUUAGAAUUAAUACAUGUUUUAUAUCAAAAUCUAUUAAUAGUCGAAGCACUUGAUAUAAAUGUUUCUAUAGAUUUUAUGUUGCCAAUAUUUACGGCUAGUUGUUCAGUCUAUUUAUUGAUUAUUGAACAAUGGUUAAAAAAUGGUGAAUUACAUGAUCCCUAUGAUGAGUUUAUUGUAUUGAGGGCAAAAGAUGUACCAGUGAAUGCGACGACAUUUUGGAAACAGUCAUACGUGGAACAAGUUGAAAAUGCAAGUCUAAUACCAGUUUGGCUCACUAAUAUCUCAUUAUUGAUCAAAGCAGGAAAAUGUGCCGAAUUAUUAAAAUAUAAUGGCGAAUUACAGAAAAAAAAUCAUUUUGAUAAUGAUACAAAUUUUGCUGAUCAAUUAUUAUUAGAUAUAAAAGAAAAACUUAAAUAUAAAAAUAUUUAUUUGAAUACAUUUGAUUUAUUGAGAACAAAAAUGUCUCAAAUGUCAGAAAAUUCAAUAGAAAAUAUCGAAAAUCAAAAUGAAGACAGCUCAACAAAAACAGUCGCUCGUUUGGAUUUUGAUGAUAUCGAUAAUGAAGAUAAUUAUUUCUUAAAAUUAGCAUUCGAACGUUUACAAAAACCUAAAGCAAGUCUAUUAGACAUGAAAAGAAAUCACUAUAUAAGUUCUAGUGAUUCAUCAAUUACAAUACCCACUAUCCAAUCGGUUAUGUCACAACUUAUCAAAAAUACUAUUAAAUAUAAAUGUACACAAAUAAUAAAUCAAUUAACAAAUUAUCUUCUCAAUAAUUUAAAAUAUAUUAAACAUAUGAUUUCAUUGAGAGAUUUUUAUUUAUUUGAAAAUGGUUCAUUUAUGCAUCAAUUUUCAAUACGUUUAUAUGAACGAUUAUGUUUAAAAAUAGAUGAACCAUUAGAUGAAUUAACUGUUUUAGUAUCAUUUGAUGGUACAUUAAAUAUGUUUGGAAUUGAAAAAACACGUUAUCCAAUUAGUGUAUCAUAUCAAAGUAUACAGGAUAAAACAGUAUUAAGUCGAAGUAAAUAUCUUAUACAAAAUGUUCAAUUACGCUAUAUAUUACCAGACGGUUUACAUAUUAUUAUUAAUCAAAAACAAAUGGAAAUAUAUCAAAAAUGUUUUGAAUUUGUUUUACAAGUUAAACAAGCUAAAUAUGUUGUAGAUCAAUUAAUUUUUGUCGAAUUUCGUGAAAGUUAUCGACUUCGUAAUAGACGAUUAUAUAAUAAAUCUUAUCAUUUGCAGCAUGAAAUGUUUUUAUUACGAGCAAAUUUAUUGCAUGCAAUCAAUGCUAUAAAUAAUUGUGUAUUAACAACAUUUCAUACAGCCGGUGAAAUAUUUAUGAAAAAAAAUUCAUCUCAAUCGAUUGAUAUUGAAACAAUGAUAUUGUAUCAUGAUGAAUUUUUAUAUUCGAUUGCUACUGGUGGACUAUUAAAAGAGAAACAACAACCCAUACGCGAACAAUUAUUGAAAUUAUUUGAAAUAAUUACUGUUUUUGCACGUUUAUGGCAUUUGGGGUUUGAUCGAAUAAGACAAGAACAAUUAGAUCAUUUAAAAACAGAAUUUCAAACAACAAAACAAUUUUUAGUCAUUGUUCUAAAAUCAUUAUUAACACGAGCUAUUGAUUCACCAUUGAAAGCAUUAGCAUUUGCUCUUUCGUAG